GCAGUAGAGGGUCUUUCUGGCGACAUCAGCAUCCUCUGUUCGGGAGGCGUCUUGAAGGCCGACGCCUCCUUGUGCAGUCCGCUUGGUUGCGAUGCUACCACCACCCCAGUGGAGGUGGUCGUAGGCGGCUCCACACGAAGCAUCUCUGCCACACAGGCCAUGCUCCAUGGUGAGCACUUCGUGGCAGACUCCUGUUCCAACGUGGACAGUGGCUAUGAGGGCUCCAUCAACGUCACCUGCUACUUGGGCACGUUGAUGUCCAGCAGCUGCAGGCCCAAACCUUGCGAGGACACCGUGAAGUACGUGACGCAUGCAGGUCUGAACUUGUUGGCACGGCUCAACGGCGAUUCCCUAGGCAGUACCUCGCCAGCCCCAAGCGGCUUCGAGGGCACCGGCGACUGUGGCAUUUUCGACACGCAGUUGGUGGGAACGUUCAGUGUGUCUUGUUUGGCCUCUGAGUACACUUUGGAUCUAGGGAGCUGUUUCCUCAACACCUGCGAUUUGCCGAGUGCUGCCUUGGUUCACUUGGGAAGCGUCAGCAAGGCCGUCAGCCUGCAAACCGCCAACGCGGAAAAGGGCACGGAGAGCUUCGAUUGUGCCGAUGUGAGUUCCGACUACAGCGGCCAGGGGCAAUUGGUUUGCCUCGAUGGACGCCUGUAUAGCAGCGUGUCGGGCUGCAGCUCCAGUGUUGCCUCUGCCUGCAGCGCUGCGGCGCGUGCUCCCACCGAGAAGGAUGGCGUUUGGACAAUCUAUGAUCCCUCGGGGGCCUUGGAACAUGGGCAAUCGGAGAGCGUGUCGUGCGAGAACCUGCUGGGCUUCGUGGGAACGGCCACUGCCAGCUGCAGCCGCGGAAUCUUCAGUGUCGAUGUGAGCGCUUGCGAGCCUAAGACCUGCAGCAGCAGCAUGUCUGCCAGCGUUCAGUUGGGCAGCAACAGCUACUCUGUGCAGUCCAGUGCUGAAGUGCAAAGUGGUUCCUCCUGGACUGUGGCCUGUUCUUCCUUCGACACCCAGUACGAGGGCGAUAUCCAGGUGACCUGCCUUCGUGGCGAGAUCUUGGCCGCCAGCGGCUGCAAGGAAUUGAGCUGCGGCAGCGUCGUCAGGCAACUGACCUACAGCGGAGAGAGCGUCAAUGUGGAGCUGUCCGCCAGCACGCUCAUGGAGACACCCGAGACGCGCACGCCCAGCAACUUCAGCAACAGCUCCGUGCACUGCAGCGCGCUGGCGUCAGUCCUGAGCGGCUCUGCCAGUGUGUCAUGCCUGAAGGGCGCUUACACCCUGGAUGCAUCCGCGUGCGCUCCGAAAGACUGCGCUGCUGGCGAUAUGAAGACACCAAUGGGCAGCCGGGAGAUCACAUUGACAGUCGAUCAAUCCUUACCACACGCGGGCAGUUCCACAAGGUCCUGCGCUUCUGUGAUGUAUGGCUGGGCUGGCACCUUCACCACAGGAUGCAACUUCACCACGCUUCUUCCCGACAGCAGCGGCUGUUCGCCUGCCUCCUGCGCACAGGGUCAAGGCGUCACCGUGGUGGUUGGCAGCACUGUGGCGCAGACCACCAUCCCUCAGCAGCUGGAAAGUUAUGCCAGCACCAAAAUGGACUGCGCCAGCUUCGAUGUUGGCUUCGCAGGAAAUAUCAGCAUCCGCUGUGAAGCGGCGGUGCUGCUGACAGACGUCAGCGGUUGCAGCCCCGUGGUACAGGAGGGACAGGUUCAGCAGGCAGUUCAGGUGGUCGAAUCUGCGGUGGCCUUUGCGCUGCCCACCAUCCAAGGGGCCACACAGGCGGAGCUGCAGGCAGCCAUGGAGUCGCCUAGCACCAAGCGUGCCUAUGCAGCCACCCUGGCUGCUAGCUUGGGCGUGGCCAAUGAGGAGGAUGUGAUCAUCCUCUUUAUCCAAGUCCUGGAGUCUGUCGCAGCAGACGGUCGACGUUUGAGCGACCGCCGUUUAGCCGGCAGCUUCGAGGUGAAUGUGAAUUUUCAGUUGCGAACCAACAGCGACGAGGAUGAUGUGGCUGCAGGCUUCGCGAGCAAGAUCCAAAGUUUGGGAGAUUCCAGCUCCUCUGAGCAACAGAUCUUUGCCACCACCCUGGGUGCCAACCUGCAGGCAGCUGCUGCGGAAGAUCCUUCCACUUCACUCUUGCAGGAAGCUGCGCAGGCUGUGCAGGACACCGGGAUUCAGGUGAAGCACACUGAGACACCGCGGGUUGCAGUGAACUACGUGGCAGUUGAGGAUACCAACGUUACAGCCACUGGACAGGUAGAUGCCUUGACCAAUGACGACACCACUGCGCUGCUGGUGGCGUUGAUUGCGGGCUGCAUCGGAGCCUUCAUGGCUGGACUUUGCUGUGCCUGGAAGGUCACUAAGCAUAUGCGAAAGAAGAAGCAAGAGUCCUUCUUCACCGAGAACGAGAGCAAUCAAGUGGCCAGCCUUCCAGAGGAUCACGAUCUGAGUCCCGAGAUGUUCACGUGGGACCAGCCAGGCCCCCCACCGCCAGAGGUGUUUGUGGAUGCACCUCGCAGCCCCGGGGGGCAGAAGGCGCCGGAUCCGAAGAUGGAAACCUUCGAGGAGGAGGAGGAGGUUGAGAAAGAAAAUGAAGUCCAGACUGCAUACCUCGGCACCAAAGAAGCAGAAGGAGAAGGGACUGACAUUGAUGAGUUGGUGGAAGCAUACCUGGGGGACAAAAAGUCGAUAGAAGAGGCCUCUGGGAGCAACGAGGACACGUCACAGACUGUGGCCGAUACCCCCAGAGAGACCAGUAGUAGCUCUUCUGUGCCACAAGAACAGAGGUUGCAGACUGCCUUGAGCUCCCUGCCUCCAGCUGCUGAGGCCAAUGAAGAGGACUCGGACGCAGAGAUCAACUUGGACCUGCAAGUGGCCAAGUUCUAAGGUAAUGAUCGCCGGGUGACAUCCCGCAACUAUGCCAUUGGGCACGUCACUAGAUGGAU